AUGGCGUCCCUGGCUGGCAACAUCACUUUCGAUGACUACCUUGGUCUGACGACCUGCCUCUUCGAGUGGGCUGAUAGCUACGACUCCAAGGACUGGGAUCGCCUUCGCAGGUGCAUCGCCCCGGAGCUCCGCAUCGACUACCGUUCUUUCCUUGACAAGAUCUGGGAAGCCAUGCCCGCGGAAGAGUUCAUCGCCAUGAUUUCCGAUAAGUCGGUCCUCGGCAACCCCCUCCUCAAGACCCAGCACUUCAUCGGCGGCACCCGCUGGGAGAAGGUCUCGGACACCGAGGUCAUCGGCCACCACCAGCUCCGCGUGCCGCACCAGAAGUACACCGACGCCUCCCGCACCCAGGUCGCCGUCAAGGGCCACGCCCACAGCUACAACAUGCACUGGUACAAGAAGGUCAACGGGGUGUGGAAGUUCGCCGGCCUGAACCCCGAGAUCAGGUGGUCCGAGUACGACUUCGAGGCCGUCUUCGCCGACGGUCGUGACUCCUACGGUGCGGAGGAGAAGACUGACGCCCAGGUCACUGAGAAGGAGCUCAAGUUCGCUGCUGCUCACUAA